AUGAAGAUUUUACUUGCUUUUUUCGCAAUUUUUAGCUCGGCGCUUGAAAUAAUCACCUCCACGGAAGAACACUUAGAAGACCUUUUCGCAGUGAUGGACGAGUUGAGGGAUGAUGAUCGUUUCAAAGACUCCAUCGACAAUUUUCUUGGCGGAAAUACAAUGGAAGAAUUGAAAGAGAAGAUGAUCGAGGCACAGAGCUUGGAAGCAUCAGCUCAAAAAUCAAUAGAAGUACUGAUGGAACCCGCCCAAGUUAUGGAAGCAUUCGACUCAAUGAUCGAAGACCUGGCUGAAGAUGAUCAGUUUUCAUCUCAAAGAUACGAGAAAAUUAUCCAAAGCUCCUACGACAGCGCUCUCUCGCAAAAUCUUUCAUACUUUUGCUUCUUUUUCUUUCUUGCCUUGAUUCUUGUUUAG